UCGAUGACAGGAAGUCGCCUUACGUAAUUCAAGGAGUGAACGCAGCCCUUCUAUACUAAACUCUCCAAAGUUCUUGUACUCCGAAUAGUGUUUUUAUAUAAUUUUUGGAGUAGAAUAUUCAAAAAGAGAAUAAAUCAGUCACCAUGGCUGAUGCUGCGCCAAAACGUCACAUGAAAUAUCCCUAUACUUUCACUGCAAAAAUUGUGCAGUUCCCAUGGAAGUACUAUUGGAAACACUCUUGGCUCACAAGAUAUUUCUUUUACGCAAACUUCAUCACUAUGCCAAUUUUCUACAAAAUUGGCAAAUUAUCUCAUAAUCCGGCGAAUGUGGAGAGAUGGAGGGAAAUUGAUAGGAAAACUUUCAGUGGAGAACUUCACUAAUUAUUCCAUCUAAUCAAUCCAACUGCAGUCGUUUAUUCGAAAAUGUUCUCAAACUAUCUCUACGAUUUAUUGUAAAUGCGGACACCUACCUAUGCGAAUAAAAUUUGAUCCCUA